AUGCUUGACGGCUACGAGUUCGACCCUGACGACAAGAUGAGGGGUCCAUCAAUGGAUAUUGAUGAGAAAAGCACUGCCUUUUCUCAAGCCCAGAUCUCAACACCUCCGACAGCGACAAGGAGGCACACCAUCAACACCAUGAUGACUACCACCAUCAUUCCAGAACCCACACCGCCGGUUGCGGACGCUCAACGGCGAUUCUCUUGGCUGCCGAGAUCCGCCACUCCAUCCCUGCGCAGUCCCACAUUCCGGCGGCGAACGGCGAGCCCGUUUGAUGACGACGAUUACUCAUAUGCUGAGAGCAACCCGUUUGGAGAAGAUUUUAGGGAGCAGAAUGAGCAGGCUGACAGAGAUUGGGACCACGAGCAUGGUCAUGGCCAUGAUCACGAUCACGACGAGAACCCAUUUGAGGACUGCGAGUACGAGCUGCCACUGGCGGCGACGAAAAAGGAUGGGACCUGGACCAAGUUCAAGAAGGCCAUGAGUCCAAGACGUGCCAUCAGUAAGUGGAAGUAUCGAAAAGUCAAACAUGAUGGGACGCCGCUUGGGCCCGAUGAUCCAGACCACGGAGAGGACGAGCAUCGUCGGGGACAAGUCUCUUGA